AUGAGAAACUUUGCACUGCACCUAAGACAUUGUCAGAAGAAGAUUACCAAGACACAAGCCCUCAACUUCUCCACCUUUGCGUGCCCUGUUCUUCAGUCACAAGACCCGUGCCUUCCAAUCCAAAACCUCCAAAGCAGAAGGCGGGCAUUGGUCAACCUCUUACAACUAUGCGUUUCAGACCAACCCAUUUGGUACGACAAGAGAAUGCAUGCCCAGGUUGUCGUAUCGGGCUUUCAAGAUGAUGUUUUUCUUGCUAAUCUUCUAUUGCACUCUUACACAAACUCUGACUCUAUUGUUUACGCGCAGAAACUGUUUGAUAAAAUGCCUGAAAAAAACUCAGUUACUUGGUCCUCUAUGGUUUCUAGGUAUACCAAGCAUGGUAAUGACGAAGAAGCAUUGGUGAUGUUUUCAGAGUUCUGCCGGAAUUCCGAUGGGAAGCCGAAUGAGUAUACUUUAGCUAGUGUUGUUCGGGCUUGUACGCGAUUGGGAGGGGUUGAUCAAGGUGCUCAGGUGCAUAGUUUUGUUGUGAAGGCUGGUUUUGAUCAGGAAGUUUAUGUGGGUAUUUCUUUAGUCGAUUUUUACUCUAUAGAAGAAGCAAAACUAAUUUUUGAUGGUUUAAGAGUAAAAAGUGCAGUUACUUGGACUAUCAUGAUAUCAGGGUAUGCAAAAUGUGGAAGAAGUGAAGUGUCUUUGAAACUGUUCAACCAAAUGAGAGACACUGACGUUCUUCCUAAUAAAUAUGUGCUUUCUAGUCUUCUGAUUGCAUGUUUUGCCCUCAAGUUCAUUGGAGGUGGCAAGCAAAUCCAUGCUUAUGUGCUUAGAAGGGGAACAGUAAUGGAUGUUUCAGUUGUUAAUGUACUCGUAGAUUUCUACACAAAGUGCGGUGAAGUGCAGGCAGGACGGAAGCUAUUCAAUACAAUAGUAGUCAAGGACCUCAUUUCAUGGACCACAAUGACAGCUGGGUAUAUGCAAAACUCAUUUAACAGGGAGGCCGUUAAGCGAUUUUCUGAAAUGGCCAGAUUGGGUUCGAAGCUAGAUGGAUUUGGGUGCAGUAGUAUUCUUACUUCGUGUGCUUCACUUGAGGCCCUUAAUCAUGGGAGAGAAGUGCAUGCUUAUGCUAUCAGAGUUAAUCUUGUUUAUGAAGAUUAUGUGAAGAAUAGUUUGAUUGAUAUGUAUGCAAAAUGUGACAGAAAAGUAGAUAAAAGUCCUUCGGAAGGAUAUCACGAUGCCCCUAUACGUACUGUAAUUGAUUAG